CGUGAGCGGACGCCGGCAUGCUGCGCUCGCUGAGCGCCGUGUGCGCGCGGCCUCCGUGCCGGCCUCCGGCCCUGCUACUGUUGCCGCCGGCGCGCAGCCGCAAGACCCGCCAUGACCCGCCCGCCAAGUCCAAGAUCGGGCGCGUGAAGGUGCCGCCCGCGGUGGACCCGACGGAGUUGUUCGUCGUGACGGAGCGUUACCGGCAGUACCGCCAGACCGUGCGCGCCCUCAGGCAGGAGUUCUCGUGGGAGGUGCGGAGGAAGCUGCAGGAGUCCCGAACCGGGGUGCUGGAGCGCAAGGUGCGGGAGGAAGCCGCCGAGCACCAGAGGCUGAUGGCCUGGAACCGGGCGGAGAACCAGCGGCUGCACGAACUGCGGAUUGAGAGACUGCGACGGGAGGAGCUGGAGCAGGAGCAGCGGCAGGCCGAGGAGCAGGCCCGUCGAGCCCUGGAGGAGCAGGCUCGGGUGCAGCUCAAGGAGCAAGAAGUGCUGCAGCUGCAGGAAGAGGCAAAAAACUUCAUCACCCGGGAGAACCUGGAGGCACGUAUAGAAGAAGCACUGGACUCCCCAAAGAGCUACAACUGGGCCAUCACCCGAGAAGGGCAGGUGAUCAGGUCGCAGAACAGAGGCUCCUAGGGGCCCAGUAGGGACAGUGUGUAUGUGUGUGUGAAUGGGAAAGGCAAGGCUAAGCUUGCUCUGAAGCAAAGCACUGCCUAUGAGACAGGUUUGGCCCUUCCUGGGCAGCCCUCAACCUCGGGUCUCAAGCUCAUCAUCACUUGGCCAGAAAUUCCCAGAACCACAGUCAUAUACAGCCUCAGGACAUCAAUAACCCUAGAGUGGUUUCUGUCUCACAGGGCAACAUCCCUGCACAGAGACAGGGCAUGAGAUACAUGAGCCACUUGUGACCUGCUGUCUGCUUUUGUAAAUAAAGA